UGCGACAGCUUACGUUAAAAAAUAGCACUUGACUUUUUAAUAAUAACAGGGUGUAUUUCCAACAUUCAACAACAAAAGAUGGACAGAAAAGUUAUAUUUGUUUGUCUUUGCGUGACCGUCUUUUCUUCCUUGAUCUCCUUCUCCCAGGGUGGUUUUUGCAGCAGAAUUCAACAUCAUUACUCUUUUCAACGUUACUGUGCAUACCAUACCUGGUUCGGAUGCCUACAUUACGGAUACCUACCAAUAUCAGUUUCCGACGUUGUGAUGGGAUGCUGUACUGGUUUUGAAGGAAGUGACUGUAGAACGCCAAUCUGCCAGACACCAUGUGAACCUGGGUAUAUGUGUACUUCUCCGGAUGAUUGUACUGUAGAUACAACUUUAAUCGGCACUACGAACGCCCCCAUCAAUACCAAUACUGCGGUCAAUGAAACUACCAGUGCUACUGUUGAACCUAGUAAUAGUCCCAGUACUGAGCCAAGUGAAAAUGUCAACUAGCUGAUGUCCUUGAUUCUCUUAAAUUAGUUUGGGAGCAUCGCUCACUCAUCAAACGGCAACAAUGUAAAAUGUAACUCGCAGUCUUUGUUUUUUUUUAAUACAAUACGCAAAUGAAUAAAUGUCAAUGCAUUCAACAAUCGAUUCGGAUUCUUAAUUCUAACGAAAACGAAUAAUAUAAUGUUGCUUUCUAAAUUUAAUUACAGUGGGGUUUUUUGUGUGGUUUUUUUUGUAGUAACAUUCUCUGUUUAAUUCUGUUGUCAAUAUCACAAGAGGUAACAGGAAUAAUAUUGGAAUAUUAUGUAUAUACCAAGCUUCUUAAUAUGAAGAAUGUAUGAUUACGUUAAAUGUAUCAUGUGUUCAAUGGUGAAAUUUUACAGGAAUCUUAUUAAUGAUUCAAAUGUCGACUACCAAAUAUAUUAUAUUUGGCAAGAACAAAUGUACAUGUACAUUAAUUGUAUAUUGAGACUUCAUAUAAUUGUCCAUUAAAAAAAGUUAUACAUCAGUAGAUAUUCUUGAUAAUGUACAAAUAAUCAAACAAUAUGAGUGUGUAGACUAUCGUUUUUAAGAUCGCGCGGAUGCAUAUCUUUUACUAUUAAAAGCCAUUAUGUAUAUAUAAAAUAUACCGGUAUGAAGAAUUAGGUCUGAGGAGGA